GGCGCGGGAGAGGCUCAGAGGCGCUGGCCUCUGCGUGGGGCAGUUGUUGUUUGUUUCUCCACGUGGGAGGAAGGAAGAGGGGAGGCAUUGCUGCUGCUUCUUCUUCCCUCAAGGCGAUAUUUUCCCUGUCAGGUUUGUUGGAUGUGGAUGACUGACCAAGUCGGAAUCUAAUUGUGCACAUUGUGGAUUUGAAAACUGUUCAGAUUUUAUUUCUGAAGGCUACAGAACAGAGUAAAUAAAUUACAAAAAGUAGAACUCUGUAAGUUUCCAUCAUAGUUAUUUCUUAACGUUUUCUGAAGACGGUAAAGCAAUGAAUGAAGAACAGACAGAUGUUACAAAUGGCUGCAGCAAAGUUAGAACGGGUACUCAGAACGAAGCUGCGUUAUUGGCUCUUAUGGAAAAGACUGGUUACAAUAUGGUUCAAGAAAACGGUCAAAGAAAAUUUGGUGGACCUCCACCAGGUUGGGAAGGUCCACCACCACCACGAGGCUGUGAAGUUUUUGUGGGAAAAAUUCCCCGUGAUAUGUAUGAAGAUGAACUAGUUCCUGUUUUUGAAAGAGCUGGGAAGAUCUAUGAAUUCAGGCUGAUGAUGGAAUUUAGUGGCGAGAAUCGUGGAUAUGCAUUUGUAAUGUAUACAACCAAAGAAGAAGCUCAGCUCGCUAUUCGGAUCCUUAAUAAUUAUGAGAUUCGUCCUGGGAAGUUUAUUGGAGUUUGUGUAAGUUUGGACAACUGCAGACUAUUUAUUGGAGCUAUUCCAAAAGAAAAGAAAAAAGAAGAGAUCUUAGAUGAAAUGAAAAAAGUCACCGAAGGUGUAGUGGAUGUUAUUGUGUAUCCAAGUGCAACCGAUAAGACAAAGAAUCGUGGGUUUGCUUUUGUUGAAUAUGAAUCCCACAGAGCUGCAGCUAUGGCAAGAAGGAAACUCAUUCCUGGAACAUUCCAGUUAUGGGGCCAUACUAUUCAGGUAGAUUGGGCAGACCCAGAAAAAGAAGUGGACGAAGAAACAAUGCAGAGGGUUAAAGUAUUAUAUGUUCGAAACCUGAUGAUCUCAACUACAGAAGAAACAAUUAAGGCUGAAUUUAACAAAUUUAAGCCAGGAGCUGUUGAGCGUGUGAAAAAACUUCGAGAUUAUGCUUUUGUUCACUUCUUCAAUCGAGAUGAUGCAGUUGCAGCUAUGUCAGUUAUGAAUGGGAAGUGCAUUGAUGGAGCUAGUAUUGAGGUAACACUAGCCAAGCCAGUAAACAAAGAAAGCACUUGGAGACAGCAUCUUAAUGGUCAAAUUAGUCCCAGUUCUGAAAAUCUUCUUGUCUUUGCAAACAAAGAAGAUGGUCAUCAGAAGUCUCUAGCAAAGCCAGCAAAUCUUCCAAUUCGCCUUAAUGGACAGCAUAGUCCUAGUCCUCCUGAAAUUGAAAGGUGUUCUUACCCAUUUUUCCCAGGAACAAAGCUUACUCCAAUUAGUAUAUUCUCAUUAAAAUCUAGUCAUUUUAGUUCUGCAACAAUGCAGCUAGAUUAUUAUUGCAAUAAAAAUAACUGGGCACCUCCAGAAUAUUACUUGUAUUCAACAACAAGUCAAGAUGGAAAGGUACUACUAGUAUAUAAGAUUGUUAUUCCUACUGUUGCCAAUGGAUCCCAGAGUUAUUUUAUGCCAGACAAACUUUGCACUACAGUAGAAGAUGCAAAAGAGCUGGCUGCACAGUUUGCUUUGCUGCACUUGGAUUACAAUUUCCGCCGAAGUUCAAUAAAUAACAUUUCCCCAGUUAGUGCUACUCUUUCUUCUGGAACCACCAGUGUGCUGUCAUAUACAUCAAGACCAUACUCUUAUCCAAGCUAUCCUUUGUCACCAUCAAUUCCACUUGCUAGUAACAACCAUGUUGGGCAGCGUCUGUAUAUCUCCAAUCAGGGCUCAUUCUUUUAAGGAAAAGAAAAACAUGGAUGAAAAUAGUAUACUCUUAUUUUAAUAUUAUGUAGUUUCAGUUUUAAUUGUGUCCAUGCAAUUGGUUUUGAUGAGUUCAGUAUAUCUAUAUAUUUCAAAUUACAUAUAAAUUAACUGAAUUUGGGUGAAGAUAAAAGUUCCAAAUGUGUUCUAUCUUGGCAAGAAGAAAUGCUUCCUAAAAUAUGGCACAGAAUUUUAUGAUUGUCAAACAAGACAAGAAAACCCAUUUAACAUUUUUAAAGUAAUUACUUUCCUGAAUAGUAGCUUUAAAAUAUUUAAAGUGCAUGCAAUUGUUGGUUCUAAUCUUGUUACCAAGGAUCACCUCUGUUUUUUGGAGAUGAAAAACAAAAUAGUCAAAAUGCAUGUAAUCAAAAAGCAAAGUAUUAUGUAAGAAAGAAAUGAUGCUGAUGAAAGAUUUUUUUAAAGAAUACAAACUUUAUUUAACUCCAGAUUAAUAACCUCUAUACUACUGUGGUCCUUAUAAAUCACUUUGCAUAUUUUAGUUGCAUGACAAAUAUUUGUUUUAUGAUUAGAAUAUAUUAUUUUGUGUUACUUUAUCCAUGUUAACACUGUUAAUCUCUAUUUGUUAAAGGUACUGUUCUGUUUACGUGUUGUCAUGUUU